AUGGCUUGGUUAGCUAGAUCCAUUGCGAACUCACUCAAUCUCGAUGAGGACGAUGAAGAUGAUGAAAAGCAACGGGGUAAUGAUGAAUCCGGUCCGAAUCAAUCGCCGUCGAUAUCGGCGUCGGAGUCACAGUCUCCUAGAGGCGUUAAGGAAGAUAUUUCCGAGCUAACAAAGACCUUGAGAAGCCAAUUCUGGGGCGUAGCUUCUUUUCUCUCGCCGCCGUCUACAGCUCCGGAUCUUCAGGAGAGAAAUCAGGCUCCCGAUCCUCCGGAAGGUGACGACGAGGAGGAUCUGAUUGCUGGGAUUAGGAACGAUAUUGCGGAGAUUGGUGGGAGAUUCAAGACGGGGAUUUCCAAGCUCUCUGGAAACUUACCGGUUUCUGAGUUCACUAAGCUCGCUUCGAAUUUCUUACAACUGGGCUCAGAUGGAGUGGAUCCGGAGGAUUACGAUGUUGGAGACGCAAUCGGAGUUACGGAGGAAUUAAUUGCUUUCGCGAGGGAUCUCGCGAUGCAUCCUGAGACUUGGUUGGAUUUUCCUUUGCCUGAUGACGACGAUAGCUUUGAUGACUUUGAGAUGAGUGAUGCUCAAUACGAGCAUGCUAUGGCAGUGGAGAGGCUUGCACCAAGCUUGGCUUCUCUGAGGAUUGAGCUUUGCCCAGAAUAUAUGAAUGAGAAUUGCUUCUGGAGGAUUUACUUUGUACUUUUGCAUCCUAAACUCAACAAACACGAUGCCUUGCUUCUCUCCACUCCUCAGGUACUCGAAGCAAGAGCAAUGUUGUCCCUCGAGCUACAGAAAAGAAACAAAUUACCGGUAGAAGCAGAGAGUUCUGAAGCUCAUGCUGCAGCUGUGGAACCUCUUGAUGUGCCUUAUAACCCUUCACCGGAACCACCAGCAACUGUCAAGGAGUCAUUGGACUUUGAAACAGAGAAGCACCAAAUUGAGAGCAAGGAGAUACAAGUCGUUGACAAAUCUGUCAUUGAAGAAAGAAACACAUCAACUGCUUCUUCAUCUAGGUUUGUUAAUGCGCAAGUGGAGGACGAAGAGAGAGACGACACAGAUGAUUGGUUAAACGAUGGAGAGACUUCUGAAUCUGUUAGCGGCAUGGAAGGAAGAGAAACCACAAAGCACCCUCUUGGUGAAGAUGAAGAAGAAGAUGUAUCGUUCAGUGAUUUAGAAGAAGGGGACGACGAAGGAGACGUGGCAGUGAGUUACAAGAAAGUUACUGACUCUGAUUCACCAGAAUGGGUUCAGCUAAAAGACUCAAAGACCAGUCAGCUAAAAGAGAACAGAGAGUCAUCAAACGAUUGGGUUGAUGUCGACGGAAGUGACAUGAGUGAUAUCUAA